AUGGGAAUCUCUAGCAAAUAUUCGUGCCAGGCGAGCUCCAAGACCGCCGGCAGCUCGACCUCCACCGCUAGCGAUACCUCGGAUCGUUCGAGGAGCACCGCCCCGACCAUCUAUAGCGACCGUCCAACCUCCAAACGGAUGGAGCCGACAGACACCUAUGCGCAGGACCCAAGGGAUUCGGCAUCCACGUAUGCAUCGACCGCGUCGCCCGUGGACGACUCGCCCGAGCUCCCGCCACGUUUCGAAGUGACAGAUCGUCGGUUGGACGCAUACUCGACCGAUGUGCUGCCCUCCACCCCGUCUACGUUUGGUAAACUAUUUCCGUCGUCGCGACGGCUCCUGAUCCGCCACGACGAUGCAACCAUUGACGGCAACAUGAACCUGCGGGUCGACACGGUGGUCCACCACCGGGGCGGCUACCAGCAGGACGUGACGUUGUUCCAUCUGCGCAUGUAUGAUCUGUUCUCUCGGAAGUCGUCCUUCCGCCGUUACUGUCGCGAGUCAGGCCGCGAGAUCUGCCAUUCGGAACGAAGACCCGUGCAAUCGAGUUUGGGCAUGAAGCCGGCGUUUCGGCGGUCGUGGAACAGUGUGCUGGCUAGCUUGCGCCCAGGAUCGAGUGGGCAUGGGUCCGCCCUCACCGUGGAACCUAGGAGUCAAUACUUGGGCUGUCAGGCGGCCAGGGAUGAGGUGGUCGACGGCGAGGAGGACAUGGAUGAGGAGCGGAGUGUGCACCGGCCAGUCGCCCUGGCGGAGAACACGCUACUGGAGUUCUCCAACUAUGCACGUGUCGAGAUCAGGAGGCGCGGCGCCGGGCUACCCAAACGAUACGAAUAUGAAUAUUGGUCCACCAAGUACCAGUGGAGACGGGAGAGUCGGCGGGAGGGCGAUCUGCGGGGCGUAUCCUAUCACCUCUUUGAUACGCGCGCGUCACGCACCAUCGCCCAUAUGGUCCCCGACAUCCUGACCCCGAUGGAAGAGAUCGAGGAGGAGAGCAAGGGAGGCUGGAUUCCUCCGUCAUCCAUGUGGAUCAGUGAUGCGUCGGUAUACGAGAAGAUGCCCGAUGCAGCCGAUGUGAUAGUCGCGACCGGGUUGAUGGUGCUAGUCGACGACUGCAUCCGCCGACGGUGGCAUUCCGACAAGUCCCCUCCUCUUGCGCGCCCGAUGCGUCACUCGAUCAGCAGAGGCGUGGAGCUCAUAGGCCCCAAGCGACUGAUUGAUGAAGUGUUUCAUCGACGAGGAUCUGCCUAA